AUGAACUCUGAGGGCGUUGUUAGGAUUCAGUCGCACCUGAGAAACAGCUGUGGAAAAAGUAACGGAACGAGCGAUGAGGUUUUGCUGCAGAAGAGAUUCUCCGAGGGCUUCAGCGCAGAGCUUGCAGCCACGUGCCCGAGGAAGGCUGUGGGCAGUUCGGAGUUUGAUAGAAAAAGAAGCCCUAACUUGGCAAAAACUCUGGUUCAUGGAGGUGUGAAUGUGAUUUUACUGAGAUUUGAUGAAAAGGAGAAUGUAUCAAACUGCAUCCAGCUGAAGACUUCUGUUAUUAAAGGUAUUAAGAAUCAGCUGAUAGACCAGUUUCCUGUUAUUGAACCAUGGCUAAACCAAAUAAUGCCAAAGAAAGACCCAGUCAAAAUAGUGAGAUGUCAUGAACAUAUAGAAAUCCUCACUGUGAAUGGGGAGUUGCUGUUCUUCAGGCAAAGAGAAGGGAUUUUUUACCCGACACUAAGGUUGCUUCACAAAUACCCAUUUAUUCUACCACAUCAGCAGGUUGAUAAAGGCGCCAUUAAAUUUGUACUAAGUGGAGCUAAUAUAAUGUGCCCCGGCCUGACGUCUCCUGGAGCAAAACUUUACCCUGCUGCCGUUGAUACUGUUGUUGCAAUAAUGGCAGAGGGAAAACAACAUGCAUUAUGUGUGGGAGUAAUGAAGAUGUCAGCUGAGGACAUUGAGAAGGUCAACAAAGGGAUUGGUAUCGAAAAUAUCCACUAUUUAAAUGAUGGCCUUUGGCAUAUGAAGACAUACAAGUGAAACAAAAGGAACUGUGUUACUCCAAAGGAAUGCACUUAGAUUAAAUGUGGACUGCUUUGUAAUUCCUUGUUUUUAAUGUGACUGAAUGUACAAAUUAUUUUGUUCUGUGGCUAUGCUAAAUAAAUCAAGUGAAUGCGAAAGUA